AUGUCUAAAUCUGAACAAGAAUGGAAAGCUAUUUUAUCUCCACAACAAUUUAGAGUUCUUAGACAAGGUGGUACUGAAGCUCCUUAUAUUGGUGAAUAUACAAAUACUCCAGCAAGUGAUGGAUUUUAUAAUUGCGCUGGAUGUAAUCAACCAUUAUAUAAAGCAGAUACAAAAUUUAAAGCUCAUUGUGGUUGGCCAGCUUUUUAUCAAGCAUUACCAAAUUCAAUUAAAAUUUAUAAAGAUGAAUCUCAUGGAAUGAUUAGAGAAGAAAUGAGAUGUUCUAAUUGUGAUGGGUAUGUAAGGAUGUGA